AUGCGACUCUGUUACUCUCAGUUGGUCUCAAGGCAUCUGGUGGUCCCUCGGAGAUCAAGACCGGCACCGCUUUUUUCAUCUUCGGCGACUCCUUUCGUGGACUCUGGCAACAAUAACUACAUCGACAACGGCCCUGAGAACCCGGGAAAUUACAAGCCUUUCGCCCAAAAUGGCUUCUUUAAAGAACCCACUGGACGCUUCUCUGAUGGCCGCAUUAUAGUUGAUUAUAUAGCUCACGUGAAUGGAGUCAACUUUGCCUCUGGAGGGGCUGGAAUUCUUUCUACCACCAAUCAAGGCCAGGCCAUUGAUCUUAAGACACAACUCAAACACUUUGAAGAGGUGCAAAAUUCACUAACAAAGAAUUUGGGAGAUGCAGAAACAAAGGAGCUUCUAUCGGAAGCAGUUUAUUUCAUUAGCAUUGGAAGUAAUGAUUAUAUGGGUGGUUAUCUUGGUAAUCCAAGAAUGCAGGAACAGCAUCCUCCCGAAGAAUAUGUUGGGAUGAUCAUUGGGAGGUUGACACAAGCAAUCCAAGAAUUGCACGAGAAAGGCGGUAGAAAGUUUGGUUUCCUAAGCUUGCCACCACUGGGUUGCUUACCAGCCCUUAGAGCCCUCAACACCAAAUCUAAUGAAGGCAGUUGUUUUGAAGAGGCUUCUACUCUCGCGUUGGCACAUAAUAAUGCUUUGAAAGCUGUCCUAACAAGAAUUGAACAUCUAUUCAUGGGUUUCAAAUACAGCAAUUCCUAUUUUUACAAUUGGCUUGACGACAGAAUCAAUAAUCCCACCAAAUAUGCUCACGUGAAUGGAGUCCACUUUGCCUCUGGAGGGGCUGGAAUUCUUUCUACCACCAAUCAAGGCCAGGCCAUUGAUCUUAAGACACAACUCAAACACUUUGAAGAGGUGCAAAAUUCACUAACAAAGAAUUUGGGAGAUGCAGAAACAAAGGAGCUUCUAUCGGAAGCAGUUUAUUUCAUUAGCAUUGGAAGUAAUGAUUAUAUGGGUGGUUAUCUUGGUAAUCCAAGAAUGCAGGAACAGCAUCCUCCCGAAGAAUAUGCCAUUGAUCUUAAGACACAACUCAAACACUUUGAAGAGGUGCAAAAUUCACUAACAAAGAAUUUGGGAGAUGCAGAAACAAAGGAGCUUCUAUCGGAAGCAGUUUAUUUCAUUAGCAUUGGAAGUAAUGAUUAUAUGGGUGGUUAUCUUGGUAAUCCAAGAAUGCAGGAACAGCAUCCUCCCGAAGAAUAUGUUGGGAUGAUCAUUGGGAGGUUGACACAAGCAAUCCAAGAAUUGCACGAGAAAGGCGGUAGAAAGUUUGGUUUCCUAAGCUUGCCACCACUGGGUUGCUUACCAGCCCUUAGAGCCCUCAACACCAAAUCUAAUGAAGGCAGUUGUUUUGAAGAGGCUUCUACUCUCGCGUUGGUACAUAAUAAUGCUUUGAAAGCUGUCCUAACAAGAAUUGAACAUCUAUUCAUGGGUUUCAAAUACAGCAAUUCCUAUUUUUACAAUUGGCUUGACGACAGAAUCAAUAAUCCCACCAAAUAUGGUCUCAAGGAUGGAGUGAAUGCUUGUUGUGGAACUGGACCCUAUGGGGGCAUCUUCAGCUGUGGAGGCACAAAGAAGGUGAGAAAGUACCAAUUAUGUGAUAAUGCUGAUGACUAUGUAUGGUGGGAUUCUUUCCAUCCAACUGAGAGGAUCCACGAACAAUUUGCAAAGGUUCUGUGGGAUGGACCUCCAUCCUAUGUAGCCCCAUACAACCUAAAAGAUCUCUUCCUCACGAUCAACAAGGAGAAGCUCACUAUUGGUGAUAUUGUUGACAACCCAGAGAACGAGCAGAUUUUUUACGAAUCUCUGUAA